CGCGCGCGCGCGCGCGUAAAAAGAGGGCACAACCCCCCACCUCUCUGGGCGUUGCGAGUCCAGACCUCGCCAGUCCAGCUGCACCUCCCGCUGCAGAACGUACGCGUCCUGCGCCGCCUCCUCGCCAGCCUCGUCGUCGGCCGGGUGCGCCCCUUGCAGCUACCAGAGAGCCUGCGCUACUCCUUGGGGCACCAUGCCCAACGAUGAUGCCGCACCGUCGGAGGCCCCGCACACCCCGGGGGCACCACCGCAGGGCAAGCCCGGGGGCUUCGGCAAAGCGGCCGGGGCGCCGCCCGGGACCGCUGGCGGCGGCGGCGGCGGCGGCUCCGGCCCCGGAGCGUCGGGCGCGGGCGCCGUCUCGGGCAAGAAGUCUCCGCGGCUGCCCAAGUGCGCUCGGUGCCGCAACCACGGCUACGCGUCGCCGCUCAAGGGCCACAAGCGUUUCUGCAUGUGGCGGGACUGCCAGUGCAAGAAAUGCAACCUGAUCGCAGAGAGACAACGCGUGAUGGCCGCGCAGGUGGCCCUGAGACGGCAGCAGGCCCAGGAAGAGGAAUUGGGGAUCAGUCACCCCAUCCCGCUGCCCAGCUCGGCUGAGCUGGUUGUCAAGAGAGAGAAUAGCGGCAGCAACCCCUGCCUGAUGACUGAGAGCAGCAGCUCCUCGCAGCCGCCACCGGCCAGCACCCCCACCACGGCACCUUCAGAGGGACGGAUGGUCAUCCAGGAUAUUCCUGCUGUCACCAGCAGAGGGCAUGUGGAGAACACACCUGAGCUCGUUUCCGACCCCACCUACUACAGCAGCUUCUACCAGCCGUCUCUGUUUCCGUACUACAACAAUCUCUACAACUACCCGCAGUACUCCAUGGCCUUGGCUGCUGACUCCUCUGCUGGGGACGUGGGAAACCCCCUUGGGGGCUCCCCUGUGAAGAACAGCCUCCGGAGCCUCCCAGCGCCUUACAUGCCUGGCCAGGCAGGAAACCAGUGGCAGCAGAUGAAAAACCCGGAGAACCGCCACGCGAUGAGUUCCCAGUACAGGAUGCAUUCUUACUACCCGCCUCCUUCCUACCUGGGCCAGAGCAUGUCCCAGAUCUUCACUUUUGAGGACAGCCCGUCUUACUCGGAAGCCAAAGCGAGCGUAUUCUCGCCACCCAGCAGUCAAGAUUCCGGCUUGAUCUCCCUCUCCAGCAGCUCUCCCAUUAGUAAUGAGAGCACAAAGGGAGUGCUCGAAUGCGAGUCUGCCUCGGAGCCCAGCAACUUCGCGGUCACUCCCAUUAUCGAGGAAGAUGAGUAAGCGGCAGCGGAGAUGCCUUUGGCCGGUCUUUUGGAGUAGCAGGCUUAUUUCGUUAUACACAGGGUUUGUUGUUAAUAUUUUGUCUUUACUCAUGUAGACUUAAUGAUUGAGAAGUUGUUUGGUUCAUACUCCUUAGAGCUUAGUCCAGAGACUAGGAACACAUUUGGAAUAGUUUAGGAUCUGUGUCUACCCUCUGCAGCAACUAAGUGCUUUGCUCACAGUUAAAUAUUAAAUAGUAGUAUCCCUCCUUUUUUUAUGACACUGGUUUACAUGUAGUUUUCAAGAAAUACAAUAAUUCACUCAAGCAGUACAUUUGCAUCUAAAUGUGUCAAAAUUAGAUACUACUUUUAGUUUUAAAAUGAAAUCUUAGGUGCCUUAGAUAUUUUUUGGAAUUUUAAUACGUUAAUAAAGUUGCAAAAAAUAUAAAUUUAGCCAAGUACCUGACUGGUGAGAAGAAAAGAGCAGACAGAGUUAGAGACUAUUUUAGAUAUCUGCAGGUUAGUCAAUAGGAAUAUUGUGUGUUUGUAUUGCUGUUGAUAAAGCCUAGCCCUGCCCUAGGCCCUCAGAUCCAAAACAUGACUGAAAUAUAGUCAGAAGAAAACAUUAGUGACUUUUAAGAAUUGCUACCUUUUCUGUAAAGAAUAAUUUUGAAACAGUACAAUUUAAAGUAACUAGUAAUGCAGAGUUCUUGAAUAUUAUUUCUAGAUUGAGUUUAUGAUGCACAUUCUACUACCAAAAAAAUGGAUGCAAUCUAGAUAAUUUUGUAACCCUAGGUUGUAAUCUGAUUUGAAAAUAAGUACAUCUUUAAAAGUUACUAGAGACUUCUGAGUUCAUUAUUUCGUUAAAAAUUGCUUGUGGCGUACUUCCUUAUGUAACAGAAGCCAUCCUGAAAUGAAACUAGUCUAAAAAAAAUUCAUUGUUGUGUGUAGUUGCAGCUGUACCUGAAAUAAAAAUGUUAUUGAUGACUGAA